AAAAACCAUCGUCACCCCUUCUGGAAUCCUCUUCCGCGCAGAACUCAGCAGUCAACAUGUGGAGGUCGAACUGUGCACUUCAAAAAAGGAUUAUCAAGUACGAUACACGUGAUCCAGGAUGACUAAUGUCUCAGCAUAAUGGUUUAUAAUCAGGUUAACUUCUUGCUGACCCUGUGAGAAACCAGGAGAUCCCUCGAUCCUGGUUUGCCUCCAGUUGGAGUGCCGUGGUCUGACCUUCCAGCCAUAAUGAUAGAGGAACCAUUGAUGGUCGGGGUCACCUGGGCAGAACCUUUAGUCUGACUCAUCACAUAAGUGGCUGGCAUGGCGGAAUGGGAAGGUGACUGGUCCUGUUUCUUGAUGUCAAAGUUGUGAUGGAAGAUGGACCACAACUAAAAGUUCCAAGGGGGUGUUGGAAGACUAGAUGAAUUUGCAAUAAAUUCCCUAGACACGUGACAAUAAACUGAGCAGUGUUUCGUCAUGAGGGUGUGCAAGAACUGUCAUGACCACUGACUCAACAGUUGUCCUGAAGAAAGCGGUGAAUCACUGGCUUGAAUUUAUAAUUUAACGAUUUGUUAGGAGUGAUGUCAAAAAUAAACUGCCAAUGCAUACAUGUAUUCUAAUUCAGAUUGGUAAAUAAAACCAGUCCAGUCGUUGACGUUUCACUUCAUUGUCCAGAACCAAUAAAGGGGUUUAUGUACAUAAUCGAAUUGUGUCAUGUUUCAUAAUUGCUACAUUAUCAAUCAUUUAUUUGCUGAGGAUUUGACUAUAGUAUGGUUCCUGUAAAUCAAUGGUGGGUGCAGGAAGUUGCUCUAGCCAAGCAUAAAUACUUACGCAAUACUAAUUGAGUAUAUUCUUCGGCAAUUUUACGGAAAGCAAAUUUGUGUAGAUCAUUUUAGAAAUACAGGCUAUUGUACAUUCAGCCACAACAUUAAUGUAUCUCAGCUUCACUGUCAACCAAUGAAAAUCGGACAUUUGUUGAGAGACUGAUUGGUCAGACGGACAGGGAGUGGGGAAACGGUGCAUGUUGCAUUUAGCAGGGUGGUCAAAGCUUUCAUUUUGUUAAAUUUAGCAAGCCACGUCAUGCGAGUGUCGAUGUUAUUGAGUGCACUGAUUGCACUAGCCAGUGCCGAACCAUCGCUGUAUUUUAAAGAGCAGUUUGACGAUGGGGAUGCUUGGAAUACCCGGUGGGUUGAAUCCAGCCAUAGGUCUGACUAUGGGAAAUUUGUCCUGACAGCUGGGAAAUUCUAUGGAGAUCCAGAGAAAGACAAAGGUCUCCAGACCAGCCAGGAUGCCCGCUUCUAUUCUUCUUCUGCCCGAUUUGAGCCCUUCAGCAACCAGGGCAAGACCCUGGUGAUCCAGUUCACUGUGAAGCAUGAGCAGAAUAUCGACUGUGGAGGAGGCUACAUCAAACUCUUCCCCGCUGACCUCGACCAGGCAGACAUGCAUGGAGACUCCAACUACAACAUCAUGUUUGGUCCAGACAUCUGUGGCCUAGGCACCAAGAAAGUUCAUGUCAUUAUCAACUACAAGGGCAAGAAUCACCUCAUCAGCAAGGACGUCAGAUGCAAGGAUGAUGAGUACACUCAUCUGUACACUCUGAUCCUGAAUCCUGACAACACGUACGAGGUGAAGAUUGACAACAAGAAGGUGGAGUCUGGAAGUCUGGAGGAGGACUGGGAUAUUCUGCCUCCUAAGAAGGUCAAGGACCCAGAGGCCGUGACGCCAGACGACUGGGACGAGAGGGAGAGGGUGGAGGACCCGGAUGAUAAGAAACCAGAGGACUGGGAUAGGCCAGAGAACAUUGCUGACCCUGACGCUAAGAAGCCUGAGGAUUGGGACGAUGAGAUGGACGGUGAAUGGGAGCCACCCAUGGUCUCCAACCCUGACUAUAAGGGCGAAUGGAAACCCAGCAAGAUCGAUAACCCUGACUACAAGGGCAAAUGGGUGCAUCCUGAGAUUGACAAUCCAGAAUACAGCGGAGACUCUGAAAUCUACAGAUUCGACAGCAUCGGCGUCAUUGGCCUGGACCUGUGGCAGGUGAAAUCUGGGACCAUCUUUGAUAACUUCCUGAUCACAGACGACGCUACGCUGGCAGAAGAGGUUGGCAAUGAGACCUGGGGUCAGACUAAGGAUCCAGAGAAAAAGAUGAAGGAGUCCCAGGAGGAACAGGAGAGGAAGAAACUAGAGGCGGAAGAGAUGGGGAGGAAAGAGGAGACAAAAGCCGAGCCUGAAGAAGAAGGGGAGGAAGAAGAGAAGGAGGAAGAGUUAGAGGACCGUGAGGAGGAAGAGGAGACUGGAGCAGAGGAAGAAGAGGAGGAAACAGACUCUAUAAAGGAUGAACUUUAGAAGACUUUCUCAUUGGGGCAAAUCUUCCUUUGAGCCUGGGGGGGGAUUAUGCGUCAUUUCGCUUUACCAUCCAGUCAGUCAGGCCUCAAAUUAAUAAUAAUAUGCCAUUUAGCAGACGCUUUUAUCCAAAGCGACUUACAGUCAUGCGUGCAUACAUUUUUGUGUAUGUUAAUGUUGAGAGAAGGGGAGGUGAAGGAGUAAUUUAGGUUUUACUGCAAAAUCUAUGACAUUUUUUAUUUUAACUUAUUGGAUUUUUACUCACUGGUUUAUCCCGUUAUUAAUUAAAAACUCUGACCCUUUUUGUUAUUGUAUAAAACAAAUGUUUUUACUGUGUGUUUUUUUUUAACAAACUCUUGCUAACCUAUUUCUUGUAUGAUUUUUAUAGUCUGUUGCUCCACCAAAUAUUACAGAUGAAGUCAAAUUGAAUGAGGCUUGUGUGUUUGUUUUCUUAAUUCACAUUGAGUGAAUAUGUAUGCCAUGUGAAUCCAACUCGAACUUGACAUGCAUAGCGAUAGUUUCCCAUUCAAUUUCCAUUUGCUAACUAAAUUCAGUCACACGCUGGCAUACAUACUAUUAGGUAGAAGUAGCAUCCAUAAUAUCACCUAGACACAUUCUUUCACUAACCUCUUAUUCCACUGACAUUCAGCCAUGAACUACUGUAGCCAAGUCAUCAAACGUUUACUCCAUUGUGAGUUUGCACUGUUGUAUUUUGUCUUAGACAGUAACCUCAUACUUCCUAAUGUAGCCUAUUGCAUUUGUUCACCCUUAUUGUUUUUGUAUAUAUUUGUAUCCUUAUUUGGAAAUUAUGAUGAUUACAGAUAUUGUUGUGCAAAAAUACUGUACAGUAGUAAAACAAGAGGGUUGUUUGGAUUUUA